AUGUCAUCAGCACGAAGUGUCUUUAUUUUUAUGGGCCUCCUGCUAGAGUACAAGGCAGUCGUGAAGCCUACAUCUCUCUGUCAGAUACGGGGAGUUCCAGAGUCUCCUGUACUGUCUAUAGAAGGAGAUGUGACGAUUGGAGGUGUUUUUUCUAUCCAUAGCAAAAUCACACAACCCUCACUUUCCUUUACAGAGAGGCCAACAAUACUUAAUUGUACCAGCAUUAACCUAAGGGAGUUUCGAUUUGCCCAGACAAUGAUAUUUGCUAUUGAAGAAAUAAAUGGAAAUAAGGAUCUUCUUCCUAAUGUUGCUAUUGGAUAUCGAAUUUAUGACAAUUGUGCAUCGACAUUAUCCUCAAUGCGUGCAGUAAUGGCUCUGAUGAAUGGGGAUGAGUUGACUUUGGGAAAUAGUUGCUCUGGACAAUCAGCAGUUCAUGCUAUUAUUGGAGAGUCUGAAUCUUCUUCAACUAUUGUCCUUUCCCGCACCACAGGACCAUUCCAAAUUCCGGUGAUAAGUCAUUCAGCCACUUGUGAGUGUUUGAGCAAUAGAAUGGAGUAUUCCUCUUUUUUUCGAACAAUUGCAAGUGAUCUGUACCAAAGCCGUGCACUUGCACAGCUGGUCAGACACUUUGGUUGGACCUGGGUCGGAACAGUAAACAGUGACAGUGAUUACGGCAACAAUGGGAUGGCCAUCUUUCUCUCUGCUGCAAAAGAGGAAGGGGUGUGUGUGGAAUACACAGAGAAAUUUGACAGAGCAGAGCCAGAAAAACUCAAAAAAGUGGUAGAGGUGAUUAAAAAGAGCACCGCUAAGGUGAUUGUUGGAUUUCUUGCCCAUGUAGAAAUGAAUAACCUGUUAGAGGAGUUGAGUCUCCACAACAUUACAGGCCUGCAGUUCAUUGGGGUGGAGGCAUGGAUCACUGCUGAAAGCCUUAUAACUCCUACUAGCUUUAGUGUGCUGGGAGGUGCAUUAGGAUUUGCAGUGCAAAAGGCCAACAUCAGCGGCUUGGACGAUUUUCUAGUUAGAGGUUUCUGGGAAACAGACUUUUUGUGCAAUGAGACAAGCACAGAGACAAGCCUAAAAACUUGCAAAGCAAGCCAGGAUUUCUUAGAGUUUAAAGAUAAUGACGAUGAUGUGACAGAGCUAAGAUACUCCACUAAUAUCUACAAAGCCAUCUAUGCCGUAGCACAUGCUCUGCAUAACAUCUUGAAGUGUUCCGAUCAUCAAGAGUGUAAGAGUCCUGUUGAGAUCAAGCCAUGGGAGGUAGUAGAGGCUUUAAAGCAUGUGAACUUCACUACUAACAAUGGAGACAAAGUGUGGUUCGAUCCUACUGGAGCCGCUGUUGCCAGGUAUGAGGUGGUGAACUGGCAGCGUGGAGCAGAUCAUUCGGUUCAGUUUAAACCUGUUGGUUACUAUGAUGCUUCACUACCUUCUGGCAAGAAAUUUGUUCUUAAUACAGAGGCUAUAAUGUGGCCAGGGGGAACUAAACAGUUACCUGUUUCAGUUUGCAGUGAAAGCUGUCAUCCAGGAACCCAUAAAGUCCUUCAGAAAGGAAAACCUGUGUGCUGCUUUGAUUGCAUACCAUGUCCUGUUGGGGAAUUUAGCAACACCACAGGUACCACAUAUCUAAAUUAUAGUAAUAUGUGUACAUUAUUUGCCUGCCACAUCCGACGCACAUGCGCGAACAACCCGCAUCAAAACAAUAACAAUGAACUGGUCUAUAGGUCGUAUGUCAUGAUAGUUGCCAUCUUGGGGCGGGACAGGGUAGCUCUAAACGGUUAG